GGGGAUCGCAGCCAAUCACUCGCUGUCGGAGGGUUUGACCUGAGCUAAGGUGGGUUACAUUGAGCCACUCGAUGCACGCGACCACAAAGUCUGGAGAGACCGGGGGAGCAAUCCAUCCAUCGAAUUAGGCAGGUGUAUUUGGAAAUGGAAUGUUCUUCGCAUGAGACACUGCGAACGCGAUACAGCGGUUGUACUCGGGACAAGCCUUUGCCCGCCAGUGGCGAGUUUGGUGGUGGUGGUGGUGGUGGUGGUGGUGCCAGCCUGCCGAGAGAACUCGGGCUGGGCAGGCCGGAUAUCUACUAUCAGAAACCUGGGAGAACAGGCGUUGAUAUCAGCAUGGAACGUUUGUGGAGUGCAGUGCAGUGCGUAGUAUACUACGACUCAAAAGUGGAUGUGACCACCCAAUCUGAGUGGGGCAAUUCCGGCGCGGUGGUUGAUUAUCACUAUCCAUUCCGUAACAGGUACUUUAUCAGUGGCCAACUCGACCAUGUCUCAAAUCCAUCAUUUCAAGGUUCUGGAGGAUUGCCACGGUUCAUCGAGCUAUGCCUUGCACCUGACAUGUCUGUAGAGCGACCUUCCCGAAGGGAUCUAGACUUGGAGGUGCAGUCGUGGACCCCGUCGCAUGUCGCGUGGGCCGGUAUAGGACGGACACACUCGCUAUCUGUACAGCAAGUCGCCCCACAGCCGACUUCCCCGCGUUUUCAGUCAACGGUGCCAUGGUCACUAACUCUCCUGGUACUACACGAGCAUAUCUGUUACGUACAACACUCCAAGCACACGCCGAAAGCACAUGUCACACAAGUUGCAAUCCAAUUGACGCGGAGGGAUAUGAGAACGACGAAUUGAGCAGGUGUGCGGUUUUCUGUUGUUCUAUUUACUAUAUUGAGAGGAGGUUUCGAGUCUUGUUGUCCCUCCUUCAGAUUACGGCGUUUUGCAAUUGACCUAUAUCCAAGCCAUUAUAGGAGUUCGCUCAUAACUAAUGAAGCUUUUCCAAGUACGCUGUUGGGUCGAUUCUCGUCUGCUCAGUGGAAGUGCCAAGUCGGUUGACAGCAACCGAGUGCUUGACGUCCAUGUGUCAAUGGAUCCAUCUAUAUAGGACUCCCU